UCAAAUUGAAGGGGCAAAAUCUCUAGCUAAAUGCCGUCGUUAUUCCGCGUAAUCAUCUCCGAGUUCGCGAAGACCUUUCAGACGAUGGUAAGCACCGAGAAACUUCAAGCUUUCGUCGCGAAGACCCACCUUGCUCGUGACCCUUUCUUCGCAACGAAGCUUGUCAGGUUCUAUGCCUUAAACGGUGAUCUUCACUCUGCUCGCAAAUUGUUCGACGAAAUUCCCCAGAAAAGUGUUUUCCUUUGGAACUCCAUUAUUCGAGCUUACUCACAAGCUCGUCAAAUGGGUGAUGCAGUUUCGCUGUUCUACGAGAUGCUGGGAUCUGAUACGAUGCCUGAUAACUUCACGUACGCGUGUUUGGUUCGUGGGUUUUCGGAGAGUUUCGAUUCCAAGGGGCUGAGACGUGUUCAUGGCGGCGUGAUUGUUUCCGGUCUUGGAUUCGAUCAUAUUUGCGGCAGUGCAGUUGUGACAGCUUACUCGAAACUCUGUCUUGUUGGUGAAGCAACUAAGGUAUUUCAUUCGAUACCGGACCCAGAUGUCGUUCUUUGGAAUGCAAUGAUUUCUGGUUAUGGAAGCUGCGGAUUCUGGGAUAAAGGAAUCAGUUUGUUUAGUUUGAUGCUGCAUCUUGGAAAAAGACCGGAUUUUUACACCAUGGCAGGCUUGACGGCCGGUUUAUCGAAUUGUGGUUUGUUAAUCAUUGGUCAAUCUGUCCAUGGAUUCUGUUUGAAAGUUAAUCUAGAUUAUGAAGUUCAUGUCGGUAGUGCGCUAGUAAGCAUGUAUUCUAGAUGUAAGUGCAUUGAUUCGGCUUACCGCAUGUUCCUCACUGUCCCCGAGCCGGAUUUGGUUGCAUGGUCUUCCUUGAUAACAGGUUUUUCGAGAUGCAUGAAUCACAAGGAGGCAUUGUUUUGGUUUAGCAAGUUAAACAUGAGUUGUAAGAAGAAGCCUGAUUGUAUAUUAGUGGCUUGUGUAUUAGGGUCCUGUGCAGAAUUAUCAAAUCCAAUGCAGGGGAAAGAGGUACACGGUCAUGUUCUUCGGCAAGGAUUAGAACUGGAUAUAAUGGUUUGCACUUCUCUGAUAGAUUUCUACUCAAAAUGUGGUUCCCUAGAUUCUGCUAUCAAUGUUUUUGCUGGAAUGGCAGAGAAAAAUGUUGUUUCUUUUAAUGCCAUUAUUCUGGGUCUUGGCUUACAUGGAUUUGCCUCCAUUGCAUUUGAAAAGUUUAAGGAUAUGCUCGAGAUGGGAAUACGUCCUGACGAGGGUACUUUCUCGGCUCUCCUGUGUACUUGUUGCCACUCGGGCCUACUGGAUAAAGGCCGUGAGUUCUUGAGGAUAAUGAGAAAUGAGUUCGGUCUUGAGCCUCGGCCAGAGCAUCAUGUUUACAUGGUAAAGCUUCUGGGAAUGGAAGGGAAAUUGGAAGAAGCAUUUGGAUUCGUCUCAUCUUUGCAGGAACCGAUUGAUUCUGGCAUCUGGGGAGCGCUCUUGGCGUGUUGUGAAUCUCAUGGGGAUGCUCAUUUGGCUGAAGUUGUAGCCGAGAAGCUUUUCGAAAGUGAUCCGGAGAAAAGCGCUUAUAAAGUCAUGCUUUCUAAUGUGUACGCGAGACACGGGAGGUGGGAUGAGGUUAAAAUGCUGAGAGACGGAAUAUCAGAAAGCAAAGAAGGUAAAGUCCCGGGGAUUAGCUGGCAGAAGAUUCACUUGAUAGUUGCGGAGCAGGCGUUUCCUCCGGAGUUUCCUCAUUCGCAGCCGAUGAUGGCGUUCUAUCAUGGCAUCUCGGGCUCACAGAACGUUUAA